GUCAACUACGCGACAACAAGAAAGAGAUACGGAGAGUGAGAGGACCAAUGCGCCGAGGGGGAGAGGGGAAAUAUGCGCGCCAGGGUGCACCUAUAUAAAGGGUGUCAUCGCCAACCCCGGACACCCAUUCCACCAGAAACCACCACCAAACCACGCUGUCGCUACAUUCACCGUAUUACGUUUUUUCCAUUUUGACACUUACGUUUCGCGAUCUCGUUCUCUGCAUCGCCCUACUCAUCGAGAAGUCUAAAAGUCGACAAAAUGAUCGCACUUUGGGCUUUCAUCGUGAUGGCAUUUCUCUACAAUUGGAUGUUCGUGUCUUCUUCGAUAUUGACGCCACUCCAGGACGAUGGUAGCUUGAGAAUCUUCAAGGAAUCGCCGAAUGAAUUUGAAUAUGUGAUAAAAAGACAUGGCAUCAAUGAGCAUAAAGAAAAUACCGAGACCAAAGAGAGACGCAGCACUAUGGGUUCUUCCUUCAUUAGAUUCGGACGCAGUCAGUCUGCUUUCAACCUCGCCGAUAAUUCCGUCGUCGACGAAGAAACUAAUUCGAUGGUUAGCAGGCAUCCCCGAUGGAAGUCGCCGGAUAUCGUGAUCAGAUUCGGUCGAUCUAACUUCAAGGCUGUCAACGAUGGACAACUCAAACGCGGACGAAAUGAUCUCAAUUUUAUCAGGUUUGGUCGUAGUGUACAAGUCGUGCCGACUGAUCUCGAUUUAUCUGCGGUGUGUUCGGAGCUUGUAUCGAACAUCGUGGUCAGCGAAACGAAAUUACAUCCGGACGUGUCCAAGUUUCUUCGCCUUUGCAACGGCCUGAACAAGAUAAUCGACGAAAUCAGUUUGGACGUCUCAGAACAUCAGGAUAGUCCGAGUCGUCACGAGUAGACUAGCCUGCUUGCUGUUAUCCGAGCUCGUCCGAGAUCCGAGAUCGUCCCAUGCGGAUUCGUCCUGUGGAUUCGAUGCCGAAUGUCAACGAGGAUUCGUAGCGUUCCAGUUUGUCGAAUCAAUUUGACCGCUAUGACCGAAUUGCAUUUGGCUUUGAGAUGACGACCGGAUCGCGUUACUAUCAGCGCGGAUUUAUACUUAAAUGGAUCUCUCGCACGUCGAUUUGCCAAACAAUUUGACAAUGAUUACUCGAUUGUUGCAAUACUGCGAAGAAACAAUAAGAUCUAUUUGAAUAAGAUUCUCUUCUAUUUCUUAUUCCUUUGUUAAGUUAAACGAGUCGCAGUGUCACAAAUGUCACGAGUCACGAAAUGUUAAUCUAAUAUAAAAUUUUUUAAUAUGUGAACUCGUUGCGUCUUUCUUGGAAAUAAAAAUCUAAACAAGCAAAUUAUAUUUAAAAAAAUUUUUCAUAUAAUUACCAUACUUGUUGUUCUAGUAUAUUUGUGAGUGAUUAUUAUCUACCUUUCUUACAUAUAGUUGGAAAUUUUGAGUUAAACAUAACACAUUUUUAAGCCCAAUCUACAUAACAUGCAGAAUGAAGGUCGCAGGUCACAAACUAGAAACUAACCUAACGUAUUUUAAUUAUAAUAGUUUACAGAUCGCAGAACGUAGGACGCAGGAAGUUGGGUGAACUUUCGCAUUCUGCGUCCUGCGAUCUAUUAUAAUCUGAAAUACGUUUCAUUUGCGACUUGCGACCUGCGUUUUGCGUACUAUAUAGACCUGGCUUUAUGUGUCCAUCCAGAUUUUUGUGUUAAUUUAAUACAAGGUGAAAUAUUAAGAAGUGACACAGAUAUUAUGUACAAAAUGUA